UUUCCAGCUGUCGAUUCAGGGACCUUCUAUCAUUUUUGGGUGCAUUCCACGAGGUGGAGGGAUCACGCAAUCUGGAUCCUAGGACCCCUCCAUCAGUGCGCUCUGCAGCGCGGAGGUGCCAAGGUGCGGGUGGGCAGGGGCGGAGAUAACGACGAAUACCGUGUGAUUUAAAUUGUCAUAAAACAUUAUCAUUACUUCAAACCACCUUCCUUUCCUUCUUUUCCCUUCGGAAUUUUUGUUUUUGUUUUUGUGCUCCUCACCGGGUGCCGCAAAGAAGCCAUCUCUCCAAAAUCGCCCUUCCACGCUCCUCUCCCUCCUCCUCUCAUCCAACCGCGGGGUCGAGGUCGAGGUCGAGGUCGAGGUCGAGGUCGCGUCAAGGAAGAGCGACCCCUUCUCGAAGAUCCGUGUCGACCCCGCGUCCGCGUUCUUUAAAAAGAAAGGGAGGGAGGAGCCCACCGGAAGACCAUAUAAAAGUUACGGUUUAUUUCAUUCUUUCCCCUCCCCGCCACAAAAGAGGCUUCUUAUAGAAAUAGGAAGAAGAGCAGAGAAGAGAAGCCCUGUUGCAUAGGGAUUUUAAUUCUCGUCAACCUAACCGACGGACCUUCCGAUCUCCAUCCCCUCCGAGCUCUCCAUCGGGGGAACAGCACCGACGUCCAGGUUCUUUGAUUUCGAGCAGGAAGUCGCUUCCGAUUGCGCCGUCCGAUCGGCCAUUGGAGCAGGUUUUAUAGGCGAUCGGAGGCUUCUCGAUAGAAAACGGCGAUAUCCGCCCCCCGGCUGUGGGGUUCGAAGACCGUCCCGUUUCGGAAACAACGAUGUCGAGAAUAAACGUUGGAUGCUGAAAGACUAUGGAAGUGCGUGCCCUUGCCGGAGAUGACGCUUUACAUUGCUCGCGAGGGUUCCAAGCUAUGGAGGAAGAUUUCCAUCGAGACAUCGGUAGAACUUCAACUUCUUCUGGAGAAGUGGAAGCUUGUGCUUGCAGGACUCGUGUUUCAGUAUAUUCAUGGGUUGGCUGCUCGAGGGGUUCAUUAUUUACAUAGACCUGGACCAACUCUCCAAGAUCUUGGAUUUAUGAUCCUUCCAGAGCUUGGAAAAGAAAGAGGCUACAUCAGUGAGAGCGUAUUCACCUUCAUCUUUUUAUCCUUCGUGCUGUGGACAUUUCAUCCUUUUGUCUAUCACAGCAAACGCUUUUACACUGUCCUAAUCUGGUGCAGAGUGUUGGCAUUUCUAGUUGCUUCUCAGGUUUUACGGAUCAUUACAUUCUAUUCCACCCAACUUCCUGGUCCUAAUUAUCAUUGCCGUGAGGGUUCAGAGCUUGCCUCACUGCCCCCACCACGUAAUAUACUUGAAGUGCUUCUCAUUAACUUUCCUCAAGGAGUCAUUUAUGGUUGUGGUGAUCUGAUAUUUUCCUCACACAUGAUAUUUACUCUGGUCUUUGUCCGUACAUACCAUAAGUAUGGUUCUAAAAGGUUUGUCAAGUUUCUUGGCUGGUUAUUGGCCAUCUUUCAGAGUCUGCUUAUAGUAGCUUCACGCAAGCAUUACACAGUGGAUGUUGUUGUUGCAUGGUAUACUGUUAAUUUGGUGGUAUUCUUUGUUGAUAAGAAACUUCCAGAAAUGCCAGAUCGUACUGGUGGAUCCCCACCAUUGCUACCCUUGAGUGUCAAAGAAAAGGACAGCAGAUUCAAAGAAGAGAACCACAAGCUACUGAACGGGACUUCAGGGGACACUACUGAUUGGAGACACAGGCCACAAGUAAAUGGGAAGCAUUCUGAUGAUGGGAACCAUGCCUAUUCUGAAACAACUUUGGGUGGUACAUAGGUGAUGUCGGAUGCCGUUGCUAUUGUGGCUGUUUUUUCUCGAAGGAGAAUCAGCCGAGGGAGGUGCCUGUUAUCUCUGCAGGCUAAAGUCUUGUUCUUAUCACCCGAUGCAGGAGCUGAGAAGCAUUGGUCCACACUUUGUAACUCAACAAGGAAACGAACUUUGCCUACAGUUUAUAACGGAUUUGCUUCUUUUAACGAUGUGUGGGUGUUUAUAUGCUUUAUUGUAAAUCUGUUCUCUCCUGCAGAGCAGGAACAGGGAAAAGUGUAGAAAUAAUUGUUGCUUAUUUCUAGCUUCGUAGGAAGUCUGGUUGGUAUCACAUGCCCUGGUCUCUAGCGCUUGCGGAAAAAAUGGAUGCACCUAGGCUGUUCUAUGCUGAAUUUUUCGUAUUAGACCUUUGUACCCAUUUCGUCUGGUUAUCGGACAAAUCCUAGAGAACUAGACGCA